ACCGCGUCAGUGUUGUCCACAUUAUCCAGAUGGAUGUGUGGAGCGUUUCUCAAUCCCAAGCCUCUCUGUGGACCAAAACCUUUACUUAUAGUAUGUGUUAACAGAGGCAAAGGCAAACACAACUAACUGACCACAUUCCAAUGCUAGAUUUGCCAAAUCCCAUCUUACACAACUACACAGCAGCACACCGGCUGCACAAUGUUGUAAGAGUCUAUAUAUGGUGUCCUCCUGUGUGCUAAUGUGUGUUGAUAAUUACAGGAGUCGGGGGAUCCAGAGGCAAUGACCACCUUCCUAAUGGGACACACGGGUCAAAGUUCACUUGGAGUCACAUCUGUAGUUCUGCCUACUGUAACAGGAGACUAUGAGAGUGAUGCUGAGUCAGACUAUGGCGACAGUCCACUGUCUCAGGAAGAACUGAGAGCUAAAGUCCAGAGAUCUAUAACAAGACGUGAACAGACAAGGAAGCUGGCUCAAUCUGUGGACUCCUCCCACCCCUCCCCCUCUCACCCUCCCCCCUCCACCGCGCUCCCUGGCAAGACACGAGGUGGAGGGACCACAGACCGCAAGAAACGACCAAUACAGACCAGAUGAGACCAAAAACAGACCACGCACACAGACCACGCACACACUAGCUAUAGCACUGAA